CGCCCGAUCCCGUCGACUCAAAGGUCUUGCUCGGAGUGGAGAACCUGGGGGAGGAACCAUGCCAGGCAAACAAAACAUUGCAUGAAAUGAAGGUCCUUUCUCAUUUGUCCCUUUCUCCACCAAAUCUAUACCUUUUGAUCAUAUUCAUCCUCCUUUUAUCUGCUUCAUAUUUACCUU